GGAACAGGGAAGGGGGAGAGGGGGGGAGGGAAGAGGCUGAGGGAACAGGGAAGAGGCUGAGGGGUCUCAGGGCGUGCAGGCUGUCAGCCCCCGGCGGUGGCUCCAUGCACUGGGGACUGCCCAGUUGUGAGUUGGGUUAUUCAUGAGGAAGAGAUGUCGGGAGAAAGCGUGGUGAGCUCAGCGGUGCCGGCGGCCGCCACCCGCACCACCUCCUUCAAGGGCGCCAGCCCCAGCUCCAAGUACGUCAAGCUGAACAUCGGCGGCGCCCUGUACUACACCACCAUGCAGACGCUGACCAAGCAGGACACGAUGCUCAAAGCCAUGUUCAGCGGCCGGAUGGAAGUCCUGACCGACAGCGAAGGCUGGAUCCUGAUCGACCGCUGCGGGAAGCAUUUUGGGACGAUCCUCAACUACCUGCGCGACGGUGCCGUGCCGCUCCCCGAGAGCCGCCGGGAGAUCGAGGAGCUGCUGGCCGAGGCAAAAUACUACCUGGUGCAGGGGCUGGUGGACGAGUGCCAGGCAGCCCUGCAGCAGAACAAAGAUGCGUAUGAACCCUUCUGCAAGGUCCCGGUCAUCACGUCGUCCAAGGAGGAGCAAAAGCUGAUCGCCACUUCUAAUAAGCCAGCGGUGAAGUUGCUAUAUAACAGGAGCAACAACAAAUAUUCCUACACCAGCAACUCUGACGACAACAUGCUGAAGAACAUCGAGCUGUUCGAUAAGCUCUCGCUGCGGUUCAACGGGAGGGUGCUGUUCAUAAAAGACGUGAUCGGAGACGAGAUCUGCUGCUGGUCCUUCUACGGCCAGGGACGGAAGAUCGCUGAAGUCUGCUGCACCUCCAUUGUGUACGCUACUGAGAAGAAGCAGACCAAGGUGGAGUUCCCAGAAGCCCGCAUUUACGAGGAGACGCUGAACAUCCUGCUGUACGAGUCCCAGGACGGGAGAGGACCUGACAACGCGCUCCUGGAGGCCACAGGAGGGGCAGCUGGGCGCUCCCACCACUUGGAGGAAGAUGAGGAGCGGGAGCGCAUCGAGCGCGUGCGAAGAAUUCACAUCAAGCGGCCGGACGACAGAGCCCACCUGCACCAGUGAGCGGCCCCACAGGCUGCCGGCUGCAGUGGGGCUGCCUGGGCAGCUCCUCUUCUCUUCAACCAAGUCUGUAAAUUCCGUUUUUGUAACAAACUAGAUUAUUUGGGGGUAUUUAAAUGCAGUAGUUCUAGGACAGGAAUAAGAAAGGUCACCGGGCGUGCGGUAGAUGUGUGAGGCCCCGUUGAGCGUCGGGGAGAAAUGCCCUGAAUUUUUAGCACUCUCGUCUUUUGCUCUUUUGUGGUUAGUGAGGAAGAAGGCUGGCUUCCUUUGGCUUUUGUAAUUAUCCUGCACUUUAAACCAAACCGACAGACAAACCCGACAGCAACAAAAGGUCAGUCAGCCGCCUGUCCUCCUUCCAGGCACUCCCUGGCCCUGUCUCCUCCCGGGCAUUGCGGCGUGGGAGGAACGUGGCCAUCCGAGCACCGGAGCUGCUGCAGAGCUCCCUCUCCUCCAGGCCUGCAGGUGAUAGGGUCGGUAGCUCGGGAGUGCCUCAGCACGGCUGCCAGCCCAACGAGAGCCACGUGCUGAGCACCUCGUGCUGGCAGUGCCUGGCGUAGAGGGAGCCCUGCGUGGUGCUGGGCUGGGGGGAGCUGCCUGCAGCUCCCCACCACGCUCGGGGCCCUCUCCCCCAACGGUUUGGUGGAGCUGCUACAGCACGGAAUUGUGGGGACCCAGCCCUGCUUUGUCGGUGCAGUGCUGGGGGGAGAUGUUAAAAUUCCUCCAGAUGGAGGACCAGGAGCUAAUUGUACCUGAUGGCUUUUCCUUGGGGGUGUUGCUGCCAGUUGGAGCUUAGAACUUCUGCCUGACCCCAUACCUGUGCUAGGGAGCCUACUUCCAUCAAAUUACGGGUCAGGGAGCUGUGCUUUCUGUCCUGCUUUCACCACGGGUUAGAUUUCAUCGCAGGUCCAACCAUUCCACGCCUGCCUCACGUAGGUUGGAGGCCAGCAGCCGUAGGUGGGUUCUGUGACUGAUAGGGGAGCAUUUUCUUGCACUGAGUACCACGGGGAGGAAAAGACGGUGGCCCAGAGGUGGCUGAUCCUUGUUUGCCUUUAUCCUGAGCAUAUUUCCAAGUCUCUUUGCAGAAAUGGCAGCUGUGUGUGAAAGGGCGGAGCUGAAACGUAGAGAAAGCUGAAUCGUCUCGCUUCCUGAGAGUAGUUCUCUAUUAUAAAUGAGUGUCUUAUCUACCUCCUAGUCUCGUGUUGCCUCGUGUGGAGUCAAGUGGCAAUUAUAGUGGUAGAUCGUGUGUAAUUCGAUAGGAUUGGAUGCUGAAGGAUAGUGAGAAGAGCAACGGCUGUAAUGGUCAAUGCAGCAAAUCUUGGCAGGGAGAGAAACCAGCAGCAGCGAGUAUUAAACUUCCAGGCAGGAUGGCAGCCACCACAGCACUUUGGUUUAUUCUAUUAUUUUUGACUCUUCAUCUGGAAUAUCAACUGGCCUCGACAGCCAGCUGUCUCACAGAGCAGCAGCUCUGUCUUUACGUGGGUAUUUGCUUCUGUAAACUUCGUGCUGCAAGGAGGUCUGCUCCCGCUCAGGGCUGCUGAUGGCAUCCUAACACGUCAAAAACCAAAGGUGUGGUCAGCAUCACCAGCGAUGUUUUAUCUCCAGUUGCAGAGCAGCUGGCUGGGGUCUAACUGCUAAGGCUGAAGCCUUUUGUUUGUGCGGGUUACGCUUCUGGAGCAUCGUGUAGGACUACAAGCUCACGGUUAGGCUGAAUCUGUCUUUCUAGUAACCAAAGACUUUUCUAAAUUACAGACACCAUCUGUGGCAGAUGUGAUUGUUGUUCCUGUCUCCUCUUAUCUCUCUUCAGCUACUGAUAAGUGAGAACUCAGCAGUGCCCAGCCCUAUCAGUGUAGUUCAGCAGCUUCAGCCCUGUCCUUCCUACCCUGGGCUUCUGUUUUAAGCCGUACCUGCGUGUGCUGGCAGCAGUGCACGCUGUGGGUUCGUACAAGUCCAUAGUGCAGUUGGUUGUGAGGCCCCGGUGCCUCUCCCUUACCUUCCUCAUGCGAUAAGCUGGGGAGUGUGGAAGUAAAGUCCCCGGGAUCGCUCUCUGGCACCGUGCACUUUGACACUGGUGUGUUGUGGGGCUGGUUGUGGGGGGCUGUAACAGGCCUACUGCCCUCAGGGGGGUGGGAGUGUCUGUGCUCUGCCCUGUUUUAAGCCAUUGUCUGACUCCUGCAUCCCCUCAGCCCCCUCUUUAUCUGGCUGUGGGGCCAGCAGGUGGCUCAGCACAGGGGCAGAGGAGCUUUGGGCAGUGGGGGCUGCUCAAACGCCAUCCAGUCCCCUCCUGGGGUGCAAGAGCAGCUUUGGCUCCAGAUGCUGAGCACCUGAGAGGUCACAGCUCUGUGAUUAACCUCUCUGUAAAUAGAUGAGUAACUGGCUUCGGGAUUUCCUCUUUCAGGCUUUGCAAACUAUGUUCUUAAAAGAUAGGGGAUGAUUUUUUUUUUUUUUUUAAAUCUUUUACAGCUGUUUAUUGUAGGCAUUGCUUUAGUCACUCCAGGAGAGUCUGAGCAGGUUUCAGUUUUGGUAUUGGAUUAUGGGCAGGCUCUGCUUUAACACACUCCAAACUGAACUAAUUGCCCCAGCUGUGUAAUAAUGAUGUUAAUAACGAUGUUAAUAACGAUGUAUUGCUGCACAUGUUACAACAGCCUUUACCUACUGGCCACUUGUCCUUGCUUUGUUGAGACUUAAUGAACAAAACCAGCUCCCACAGCUCCUUAAUGCCAUUGCACAAAUACUCCUAGCCCUUGAGCCUCUUACUUUAAAUGGUUUUGCCACUACGGCUUUCGGGGGAAGUCAGGGUGCAGGGCAGCCACCCUGCUCACAAGCUGAUGGAGUACUGCAUGGCAUAAACGGUGCAGCCCUGCCUCCUGGGAUUCGUGCACAUUACUCUUCAGCACCCAACAACAGCCCAUAAUACUGACAGGGUAAAGCAGGCUGAAGCCUUGCUCUUGGAGGUGAUUUUAGUCCAUUAUAGAAAUGCAGAAAAGCUUCAAAGCAGCAGGUUGUGAUACGGUUAGGGGUGGACAGGACAGGCAAGAGUAACCCCCAGCCCCAAGCUAGCUAAGAACGUGUUUGCUCCCACCCCUCAGAACAGCUGUAGCUCCCCAAAGCAGCCACUCCUGUAUUUGUACAGCCACGUUCUGGAGCCCCCCCUGCUGCAGGACAUCACCUGGUCAAAGUCUCCAAGCUCCAGUCUUACCUUUGUGCAAGGGGUGGGUGGAACCCUUUAGUCUUAAUGGAGUUGUUGUGUUUUGUGUUCUGUACAAUCAUUCCCUCCUAUUUUGUACUUAUACCCAAAAAAGCUUAAGAUGGACUUCAGUGUAUGGUUGAUGUUUGCAAUAUGUACUUUUUUUUUUUUAAUAUGACAAAAUAAAUUAGAAGAUAUUUCAUAUUUA